AUGGCGUCCGACGAGAUUGUAUGGCAGGUGAUCAACCAGCAAUUCUGCUCGUUCAAGUUAAAACUCAACACCAAAGAACAAAACUUCUGCCGCAACGAAUACAAUCUAACGGGGUUCUGUAAUCGACAAUCAUGCCCCCUGGCCAACUCGCGCUACGCCACUGUUCGUCCCGACCCCGAGACUGGGGCACUGUAUCUGUUCAUCAAAUCGCCCGAACGAGCCCACCUGCCGUCGAAAUGGUGGGAAAAGAUCCGCCUGCCCAACAACUACGAAAAGGCUCUUGCCCAGAUCGACGAGAAGUUGAUCUACUGGCCGAAAUUCUACACGCAUAAAUGCAAACAACGGCUGACCAGGCUGACGCAAGUGGCGAUCCGGCAGAGGAGGCUUGCCAAGGAAGAAGAGCGACUGGGCGAAAAGGUGGUGCCCAAGUUGUCCGGCAAGAUCCGCCGCCGGGAACAGACGCGUGAGAGGAAGGCCGAAAGCGCGGCGAAAGUCGAGCGGGCGAUUGAGAGAGAACUCAUUGAUCGGUUGCGCAGCGGGGCGUAUGGUGAUCGCCCCAUCAACGUCGAGGAGAAUGUGUGGAAGAAAGUCCUUCGAGGGCUGGAGAGGGCCGAGAAGGGCGACGAGUUGGCCGAUGAGGAUGAAGAAUACGAAGACGAAGUCGAGGGUGAGGCUGAAGUCGAGUAUGUCUCCGAUGUCGAGGCCAGUGGCGAUGAAAUGGAGGACUUUGACGAUUGGUUUGAUGGAGAGAGCGCUGGUACUGGCGACGACGACGAAGACGAAGAUGGGAGCGACGAUGGAUCAGAAGUUACCGGUGACGAAGAUGAUGAAGAAGAAGGACAACAGCCCGCUUCAGGCAAAAAGAGGAAACGAGCCGCGCCACCUGCUAAGCCUCGCAAGAAGCAGGGUCGGGUGGAGAUUGAGUACGAGACGGAACUGCCGCAAAGGCAGACACUGUUUGCUUGA